AUGCCAGUGAAGAAGGAGAACAAAGAUGAAGACUUUGAUGAAUUCCUGCGAGAGCAUAUUUUGGCAGUUAAGAAAUUGGACAAUAAGGCUGGUCUGAAACAUCAUGACUUUGAGACUGAGACACAAACAUCAUCAACCUGGAAAGAAGAGUUUAAAGAGGAAAACAAUUAUAUUUUUAGAGAAUAUGACCAUGUUGACUCCUCUCCUACAAAAGUUGUUCAAAUGAUCUCGUGUGGGAACAGUUCCAAGAGUGGCUCAGAUCUCAACUCACAUCAGAUAACACCUCUGGGACAAAAGCCACAUCAGUGUUCUCAGUGUGGAAAGGCCUUUGCUAGAGUGUCACUUCUCAACAGACACCUGAAGAUCCAUACUGGGGAAAAGCCAUAUCAGUGUAAUACGUGUGGUGGGGAUUUCAGUUCAAGGAGAACCCUCACUUCACAUAAGAGGACACAUUCCAGGGAAAAGCCAUUUCACUGCUCAGAGUGUGGAAAGACUUUUAGUCAGGUGCGCUAUCUCAAGAUGCACCAGAGGAUCCAUACUGGGGAAAAGCCGUAUCAGUGUACUACAUGUGGGAAGUCCUUCAUUCAAAACGGUGCUUUUAAGAUGCACCUGCAGAUCCAUACUGGGGAAAAGCCUCAUCAGUGCUCUCAGUGUGGGAAGUCGUUCAGACAGAAGUACACUCUAAAGACACACCAGCAGAUCCAUUCUGGGAAAAAUUCAUGUUGGUGUUCUCAUUGUGGAAAGACCUUUAAUAACAUGUCUAAUUUCAGAGCACAUCAAAGGAUCCAUACAGGGGAAAGACAACAUGUUUGCUCUCACUGUGGAAAGGGAUUUAAUCAUCCGUCUAAUCUGAAGGCACACCAGAGGAUCCACACAGGGGAAAAGCCGUUCCAGUGUGCUACAUGCGGAACAAGUUUCAGGAGAAGCACACAUCUCACUAAACAUCAGAGGACACACACUGGACAAAAGCCAUACCAGUGUUCUCGCUGUGGAAAUGCCUAUAGUCAACGUUACCUUCUCAAAAAUCACCAGAGGAUCCACAAUGGGGAAAUUGAAGAACUUUAG